CUGAUCGUUGACCUGAAAACGCUGCUGGAUGUAUGAAUGGCUUCAAAACAUGUGUUGCGAAAUACAAAAGCGAUGUAUUUAAAUAGUGUGUUGUGUUUGUAUUGACUUGUGAUUUUAUGUCAGGUUAAGAUUGAGGAAGAUUAAACACUAGUAUAAUGAGUGAAGAAAAGCAAGAUUUGCCAUUACUCCCACCACCACCAUCAUACGAUGAGUGCAGUAAAGAUUACCCUCCACGUCAAGAAAACAAAACAGUUCCUUCUGGAUAUCCGGGCACCCAACCCACAGACCACGCAGCUACAUCCGGAUAUACAGGUGUCCAAUCAACGGAGUUCUUGGUUCAGCCGGGUUUUCAAUCUGGCUUCCAAGUUUCGACCGGUUUUCAGCAAGGUGCGCCCCCGUUCUUUUACCAAGGUCAGCCUCAGUACCCAAUGCCACAGCCACACCAAAACAGACCUUACCCCCAGGUGUCAUACAGUUUUCAGCAGACUUGCGAACAGCUUAUUCCUGGACAGCCAUAUAAUACAACACAAGUUGUCGUCACACACACACAGCCUGUUCAGCAGCCAAUGAAUGUGGCGACCACCACUCGGCCUCCAGACUACAUGAUUCCCGCCAUCCUAGCAUGCAUGUUUUGCUUUUGUCCUCUUGGGUUUACCGCCAUCAUCUACGCACAUGACGCAAACCGGAUGGCGAUGUCUGGCAACAUGACCGGUGCAAAGUUUAACGCUAACGCCGCAAGAGGCCUGAUUAUUGCAAGUGUCGUCGCUGGCGUCGGCAUCAUUCUAGUCAUCACACUCGUUGCCGUUCUGCGGUCAACCUAGCUUUACUGAAAAACAAACAUUUGGAUUGAUUAAAUAGUAACUAUU